AUGCCGCCACGUAGAGAUCCAGGUCAUUCGGAGGUCCCCCAGGCCACUGUAGUCGCUCAGUUUUGCGACUAUAAUUUCGAGAAAUUAUCCAGCCAGGGAGAUCCUCGAGUCAUUGACGAAUGGGUUCAGGGCCUUGAAAUGAUUUUCGAGCUGAUUCGAGAGAAACAUUAUCCCGCGUACUAUCGAGCCGAAAUGGAGCGUCAGUUUCUGUCACUCCAACAAGGUACUCAUACAGUGGACGAGUACGAGCGAGAGUUCACUCGACUUGGAGCCUUUGUUCCCGAUCUGGUGAGCACUGAGGCAAAGAGAUCGAGGCGUUUCACUGACGGGCUUUUGCCAGCAGUCCGUCACAACAUUGUAGGUCAUGGCACUCAGACCUAUGCCCGUACUGUCACCAUAGCUCAGGAGGUUGACGCCAGCAUCUGGAGGGAAGCUAACCAUGGACGUCUUCAGCCAUCUGGCCCUGUCCAAUCAUCUACAGUACCACCCAUUCAACCCGCUGUUGCCCAACAACCGAAGGACAAGAAGAGGAAAGGGAGAGGAUUUCAGAAUGACAGGAGGAACCAUCGGAGACAACAAGGUGCUGCCAGGCCACAGCAGAUUCCACCAUGUACUACAUGCGGAAGACCCCAUCGUGGAGAGCGUCACUUCGGCCAUGACAUUUGCUACUAUUGCCAUCAGCCCGGACAUUUU